CUGGUGGUCGCUCUGGUCAGCGUCUUCCUCGUGUUCGGCUUCAUGUUCACCGUGUCCGGCAUCAAGGGAGAGACCCUGGGGGACAUCCCGCUGCUGGCCAUCGGGCCGGCCAUCUGCCUGCCGGGCAUCGCCGCUAUCGCCCUCACCAGAAAGACCGACGGAUGCACCAAAUGGCCCAAGAACAAGUGUCCGUGCUGCAAGGAGGUCAAGGACCGGGAUGUCAUGGAGCUGCUAAGGACCCCCUCGGACCUGGAAUCUGGCAAGGGGAGCUGUGACGAGCUGGCCAAGAAAGCAUACCAGAAGGACAGGAGAGUGCUGCGAGGCGAGGACUCCAUGUCCAUUUGCACCACCACGACCACGACCACCAUAGGAGAGUGCAAGAGCCUCAUCAGAAAGGUGGAGCAGGAGGAGAUGCUGAAAUACCUGGAAACCUGCUACCCAGAGAUGCCGGGGAAUGUGUUCGUGGGAGAUGGCUCCACAUACAGUGCCUUGGAGAAGAAGAGCUCUUCUCCCAACCGGGACAGUGCUGCUUGCCCAGAUGUCGAAGACAACAUUUUUGUUGCUCCUAAAGACAGUAUCAUUGUCUGCUCUUACAAGGAGAACAGCCCCUAUGACAGAUACUGUUGUUACAUAAACCCUACUGGAGUCAACUCAGACCAGGAGACCAUAGUGUGA